AUGGAUCGUAAGACAGUCAUCAAAAGCAAACUACAAGGAAUAGAGAGCUAUAACCCUGAACACAUAACAGCACUUGAAGAACAUCUUUCAUGGCAGAUCAUAAAUAAUGAUUAUGAUUUCGAAGCUAAUUUAGCUCUGCUUAGAUUAUAUCAGUUCUAUCCGGAACGUUUCAACGCUGAGUGUGCGAGGUUAGUGCUGCUGAAGGCAAUUAUAAGCAUGAGUCACUCAGAUUUUACAUUGUGCAAGUACUUGAUUCACCUAGAACAUCUCAGUGAAGAGCCACUUUCACAGGUUGUGGAGCUUGGGUUUCUCCUGGAAACCUGUCGGUUUUCUGAGUUUUGGACGAAAGUUAAAGAAAACCCCAAAAUUUUUUCUGCUAUCCCUGGAUUCCGUGAAUCUGUAUGUAGAUUUAUUGUCCAAAUUAUAUCUCAAACAUAUCAACGUAUAUCAAAACCCUUAUUAAUGAGCUUUUUGGAUAUGUCAGAGAAUGAUUUAAAACAAUUUAUUCAACAAUUUGAAUGGUCCGAAAUCACUGAUCAUCAUCAUCAUCAACUUAUUUUAAUUAAUAAUCAUGAAGAGAAUAUUAAAUCAAUACAAAUACGUGAACGUGUCAAUUUCGAUUCGAUCACAUCAAUGUCCGGUGCAUUUAGACCAUCAAAAAGUGAUUUUUUCAUUAAAACCAACAUACAAUCAUAA